GUAUGUUAACUGAUCUUGGUUAAGAUAUUAAAAAAUCGAUAUAUUUUAAUUUCACAACGAAACGUCAACUUGACAUCCGCGAAAAUCGAAAAAUUGUGAUUCGCAGAAUCUGGGAAAUCGGAAAAUUGUAAUAUUUGAUUAAAGUAACAUAUGAUAAAGUAUGAAAUUCAAAUAAAUUAUAAUACAUAAAAAAAUGUCGAGUCUAUAUUUUGAUAUCAGAAGCGAUCAGUGGCCUCUAGUAUACGAUGACCACUAUAAUGUAUCAUUUCUAGGCUUGGAAAAGUUUCAUAUCUUUGAUGCGAAGAAAUGGCGCAACAUAAUUCGGCAUCUUAUAGCUGCUGACUUUAUAAAAGAAGAGCACAUAGUACGGCCACUGGAAGCUAAGAAAAAUGAUUUACUUGUUGUGCACUCUACUAAGUAUUUGAAGUCAUUGAAAUGGAGUACCAAUGUAGCGGUGAUAGCUGAAGUACCGGUGCUUGCCUGUGUCCCAAAUGCUUUAGUGCAGUAUGCAUACUUGAAACCUAUGAGGCUUCAAACUGGCGGUUCAGUUCUUGCUGGCAAGCUUGCAUUAGACCGUGGUUGGGCCAUCAAUAUAGGUGGAGGCUUCCACCACUGUAGCGGCAACAAGGGUGGAGGCUUCUGUCCAUAUGCAGACAUCACCUUGCUCAUCAGAUUCCUGGUUCUAAACCAUAUGAUACAGAAUGCUAUGAUUGUGGAUUUAGAUGCUCAUCAGGGCAAUGGCUACCAGCACGACUUCCUAGGCGUGCCAGAAGUCUACAUAAUGGAUAUGUACAAUAAGAACAUAUAUCCUAAGGACAAGGAGGCGAAGCAGGCCAUCAGACGGAAGGUGGAGCUGGGGAACAAGGUUGAAGAUCUGGAGUAUAUGCUGAAGUUGAGGCAGAAUCUAAAGGCGGCACUACAGGAGUUUAAACCCGACAUCUUGGUGUACAACGCCGGGACAGAUGUGUUGGACUCCGACCCACUUGGGCUCAUGAGGAUCAGUGAAAUUGGAAUAAUAAAACGAGAUGAAUUCGUCUUCGAGAUAUGCAAAGCGAACAACAUUCCUAUUGUAAUGUUAACGAGCGGGGGAUACUUGCGUAAGACGGCGCGUAUCAUCGCAGACUCUAUCAUGAAUCUACAUCGCAAAGGACUUAUUCAGGGAGAGAUGUAAAUACACGGGAUUAUUAUAUGGCAAGUAUUUCUAAAGCAGAGGCUCCCAACCUUUCUUGGUCAUGGACCGCUUUUAUAUAUUGCUCUUGUUAACAGGAUUCACAACAUCGGUAUAUAUAUUAGUAAUUUGUACAUUAGCACACAUGUUCCUAUGACAGAUAAGCUGGUCUUCUAUCUACCUAUGGCCGGUAGUUGCAUCCUUUACACACCACCGCGUAAUGCUCCCGCCAUGUACCACUCCAAUCGUUCACGGUCCACAUUUUGGCUUAAGCGUACCACUGGUUGGGAACCCCUGAUGUAAAGGCACCGAUUCUUUAAAAUUACGACAUAAUACUCUAUUUCUCAGGGAGGGAAGAUAACGCUCAAAAUCAUCUCUCUUUUCUUUCGUCGAAUCGACUUAGAUUGUGACUAGAUGGCGCUGUGUGAAAGUUGUGAUAUAAUUGAUUGGCUGAAAAUGUUUAAGAUCACAAAACAAUCACAAAGUUUGAAAUGAUAUUUGAAAAGUGAUUAUUUUAUUAUCUUAUUAUUAUUAGAGAAUUGGCCAUUCUUUUAAACGACAGGUUCUAGAUAAUUUGACGUCGCUUUACAUUUAGAAUAGGAAACAUAUAAAACUUCAGGUAGUAUUGGAAUUAUAUUCCUUUUUGACAAGCUAUGUGACUUUGAGUUUAUCAGUUCAAUACAUUUGAGCGGUUUGUCAGAGUUAGCGCUCAGAGAAUAACUCGUUUACGACAAGGAUGGAUGAGGUAUUAUAAUUGUGGAACACAAACGUUUAGCCUUAAUUUUCGUAUCAACUUCUGUUGCAUAUUGUACAGUCAGCAACACAGUCAGUUUAUAAAAUUAAAUAUUUUUUUUAUAAGGAUGUAGGAAUUUGUUGUUAUAAUAAAAUGAUACCAGCCUAUACAUGUCUCAUUGCUAAGAACAGGUAUUUUCCCACUAUCAAGGGAAAGGUCAAGUAUUGGUUUUUAGGGUUUUUAACUAUAGUGAAGGUCAGCUUAAUUUUAUUACCUAAUCGCAUAUCAAUAAGUCAUUGUUGCUGUUUUAAAAAUCUGGUGUAACCGCCUUUUUUUUGCCUAAUAAAAUAAUUAUUAAAAAUGUAGUAUUGGAACUUCUGUAAUGGACUCGAAACUUAAUUAGUGAUUAUAGUAUUUAACGCAUAAAAAGUUGUGUAUUUACAGGAUUCUAAUGUUACAUUAAUUCAAAAAUUACAUUCUUAUUGUUAGCUAUAUGUAUUUGAAGUAUAGAAAAAAAAAUGAUUGCAUAUUUUUAUCGUCUAAAUAUAGUUUGUAUACGGUUACACGUAAAGCAUAUAUAUCAAUGCCAAGUACAAUAUAUUAAUCUUAAUUUGCGUAAAUUGAAAAUAAUUUUGUCGCAUUAAAAUUAAAAUUUAAUGCAUUAAAAUCGCAAGCAUUAAAACUAAGGGAAAAUUACGUCACCGUGAUGACAAAAGUAGCAUUUAAAAGCGGCUUGCAACAGAAAUAUGCUGACCAUUUACGUCAUCAGAUGUGGUCAUGAAAUGUUCAGCAAGUUGCGGAGAUAAUACUUUGUUUAUAUUAAUUACAAUAAUUGUAUUAUUAACCCAUGGUUAUAUGGAUAUUUUGAAAUUUAUAAAAAAACUGUAUAUCAUGAGUAAUCUGUGUGGUAUUAAAUACAUUGUCUGUAAUAUAGUCAUAGUCUAUGAUUAUGCAUAGACUUGAUAAUGUAAAAAAAAAACAAGAAUAAUACGCUCUGUGUAGUAUAUAACCCUUCUUACGAAAGUAAAGUCUAAAGCUUCUUAGCUCUCGUCGAUAAAUCGUUGUUUUUCACGGAAAAGGCAUGUAUUAGGUAUCAUGUAUGUAAUAAAGUGAUGUGAUAUCUCAGAGAUGUGCAAGACCCAUACAAUAUUGAAAAUUUCAAGAAAAGGUAUAGGUUUUCACAAGAUGUAGUGAAAUCUGUGAUUUUGCCAUUAAUUGACCAAGAUCUGAGAAGGUUAAGCAACCGUGGCAAUCCAAUAGCCCCGGAAUUACAAAUUCUUGUGUGUUUGCGUUUCUAUGCGACAGCGUCAUUCCAGGUAAGUUUUUUCUGCUCACAUUACAAUACAUAAUAUGCAAAUAUAUAAAAAAAAAACAUAAAUUCAGCAAAGUUGAUCAUACUACUCAUAUUUAUACUUUUUUACUUUUGCAGAUAGUUUGUGGAGAUUUAUUAAAUGUAUCGCAACCAGCUGCUUCAAAUAUAGUUGCAAAUAUAUCAAGGUUGAUAGCUCUACAACAGAGGCAUUACAUAAAAUAUCCUCAAGACAUGAUCUCACACAGGGCACAGUUUGCACAGCUCGGCCAGUAUCAACAAAAUCCAGGCCUAAGAAAUGUGGAUGGUGCAAUUGAUUGCACACACAUUAAAAUAGUAAAUACUCCAGGGGUGGAACAUCAUGAAGCCUACAGAAACAGAAAAUCUUACUUUUCUAUAAAUGUCCAGGUCAGCAAAAUAAGGUUUAAAUUAUUAUUCUUCUUUGAAAUGGGCAUGUCAUCCAAUAACAUUUAUUGUUUUAUUUUUAUUUCAGGCAGUUGUUGGACCAUUUGGCAAUUUCAUGGACAUUGUGGCUCGAUGGGCUGGCAGUACACACGACAGCAGAAUAUUCCAGAUGUGUUUGUUGCGCACCAAAUACAUACAUCAACAACAUUCUGGUUAUCUCAUUGGAGACAGCGGAUAUCCUUGUUUAAGGUUCCUGCUAACACCUGUAGGUACUCCAACAACCCAUGCGGAACAAACAUACAAUAGAGUGCAUGUCAAAACAAGAAAUGUGGUGGAAAGAACCUUUGGGCGAUGGAAACGGCGGUUUCCAUGUCUAAGUAGGGGGUUGGGCAACAAAUUGACCACAGUGUCAAAUAUAAUAGUAGCAUGUGCUGUACUUUUUAAUAUAUCAUUGUCUACAAAUGACAUGAUGCCUUCAUAUGAAGAAGAUGGUGAAAUCAAUGAAGAAGUCAUAUAUGAUGAAUCCAACAGUGAAGGGACUACCGAUGGAUUUGCUUUUAGAAACACAAUUAUUAGUAAUUACUCUUGAUUUUAUAUUAUUCAGUUUUUCUAACAAUAAAAAACUAUGU